AUGGCGCUCAAGUCGAAGACGCUCCCGGUGCUCGUCCUGGCCGCGCUGUGCCUCUUCGCCCUGCGCGGGCUCGCGUUCGUGGCGCCCUCUGGCAGCAUGGCGGCGCGUGCCGACACAGGUGCCCUCGCCGCGGGCGCCGCCCCGACGAUCACGAGCAGCUCGGAGGGCGGCCUGGUGGCGAUGCAGGCCCGGGGCGGCGCGGAGGGGCUGGAGGUGGAGGACCCGCAGCUGUACAUCGUCGUGAUGUGCGUGUUCUUCGGUGCCUCCGUCCUGGCCAACUCCAACGGCUUCUUCGGCCCCUGGUGA